CGAUCAAAAGCAAAUUUGAAUUUUACCUUAAAUUUUUUUUUUUUUUUAAUUUUCAUGUCACUAAAAAAAAUGCUUGAAAAACGAAGUACAAAGAUGAUGAUUGAUGGCUAAUCUAAAAGUAAUUAACUUUUUUUUUUUUUAAUUGCAUUGAAUGGUUUAGGUUUUUUUCCCUCUAUUUGGCGCGUAUAUAAACCGACCCAAAAAGAAAAAAGGAAAGGAAAGAUCAAACAAACGGCAAAGGAUUCUGGGAAACUGAAGCAGAAAGAAAGAGAGGGAAAGUGAAAGAAAGUUAAGAAAGAGAGGGAGAAACCAACAAAAAAACCAAACCAAACAAAACCCAAAGAAAAAAAAACAACGGACAAAACAGUGUUUUUUUUUUAGUAAAAGAAGACAUAAACACCCAUUUGAUCGGGUUACAAUUUGGGUUAUUUGGGGGUUGUUGUCCGUACGGUGAAUGGAGCGGGACACAGAGUCCGAUCCGCAACCGGAAUGGACAGCUCCGGGACCCGAAACGGGGCUCGAAGAACCGGUUUGGGGGUUGGAAUUAGGGGGUGAGUCGGAAUCAUACCCGGAGCGACCCGAAGAAGCUGAUUGUAUUUACUAUUUGAGGACUGGGUUUUGUGGCUACGGCUCAAGGUGUCGGUUCAAUCAUCCACGUGACCGUGCCGCGGUUAUGGGAGCUGGAAGAGGUGGUGUAGGGGAGUAUCCGGAGAGAGCAGGCCAGCCUGUUUGCCAGUAUUAUAUGAGGACGGGGACAUGCAAAUUUGGUUCUUCCUGUAAGUACCAUCAUCCCAAGCAGGGAGGUGGUUCUGUUAGCCCUGUGCCACUAAAUUAUUAUGGAUACCCAUUACGUCCGAGUGAAAAGGAGUGUUCCUACUAUGUGAAGACGGGGCAGUGUAAGUUUGGUGUCACAUGUAAAUUCCAUCAUCCUGCACCACAUGCCGUACAGGUUCCAGUACCAUCUCCUGUUCAUCCAGUUGCACCUGUGCCUACACCAGUUCCUGCACCUACAUUAUAUCCCACGGUGCAGUCGCCAUCCGGCCUUUCGUCUCAGCAAUAUGGAGUUGUAAUGGCAAGGCCUCCCUUGAUGCCAGGCUCAUAUGUGCAAGGCCCCUAUGGUCCUUCCUUUUUGCUUUCCCCAAGCAUGGUUUCUGUUCCAAGUUGGAAUCCCUAUACGGCGUCUGUCAGUCCUGGUACUCAAACCACUGUUGGAUCUAGCUCAAUUUUUGGAGUAACGCCAUUAUCUCCUUCAGCAGCUGUCUAUAGUGGAUCUCAUCAACCUGUACCAUCUAGUGUUGGGCCUUCAAGUAGUAUUCAGAAGGAGCAGUCAUUUCCUGAGAGACCUGGCCAACCAGAAUGUCAGUAUUAUAUGAAAACAGGUGAUUGUAAAUAUGGAUCCUCCUGUAGAUAUCAUCAUCCACCAGAAGUGAUUGCACCAAAAGCAGAUGUCAUCCUCAGCCCCCUUGGUCUUCCUCUUCGUCCAGGUGCGCCACCUUGCACUCAUUAUUCACAACACGGGGUGUGCAAGUUCAGAGCGGCUUGCAAAUUUGAUCAUCCUAUGGGAACAUUAAGUUACAGUCCAUCUGCAUCUUCCCUUGCGGAUAUGCCAGUUGCACCCCAUCCUGUUGGAUCUACAAUUGGUACUCUAGCUCCAUCAUCCUCAUCUUCAGAGUUACGACCAGAACUUCUUUCAGGAUCCAGCAAGGACCUUGUUCCAGCCAUAAUGUCAUCAUCAGUGAGCAGAUCUAGUGAAUCAGUUGGUUCAGUUUUUUCUAAAGGUGCACCUGUUCCUCAUUCAAGCACACAACAGUUUAGUCAGAGUUCUGCCUCUUCUACUGGCAGUGGCAGCAGCAACACUGAGGUGCACGCUUCAAGCUAAGAGAAAAGAGAAGCAACUGCAUCAAUCCCCCUUUUUGAUCAAGGUCAUGAACCAAAACAUUAUUUUUUUUGUGCAAGUCUUCAAAAUAGGACGCUUCAUUCCCUUGUUAUCAUGGUUCCACUAUUCAGAUCUAGCACAUAGCAGCUCUGAUCAUCUGUGUUCAUAUAAUCUUCAUAGGGCCAUCUCUUCCAUCUUGAAUAAGCCCAUGGCCAAAACAUAAAAAGUUUAGCAAACCCCAUACACCUUGCUUUUGAAUAACCGCUGAAGAACCUGCAGUUACAUUAGGGAGAGAGAACCAUGUCAACCCGUCCAAAUUUUGGAGUCUGUUGCAUUUGUUUAUGAUGUGAUCUUUUCUGAAACAAAAAGAUCACAUCAUUCUUCCCUUUACAUCAACUGUGUGUUCAUGUCCGCCAUUCUUAGAUUUUAUUUUCAUUUUGGGAACAAGUUUUCAAUUCAACCUAGAAAAGGAACUCGAAAGGUGUUCUUGUUGCCCUACUUUUUAUCAGGGGUUGUUGCGAAGAGGAUAAGUAAUUUAUGAAAAACUCCAAGGAGGCAUCAAAAUGUGACUAUAUGGGAAUAGAUACAUAAUUAUGUUGUGACAAAUGCUUGACAUGGUUCGAUAAAUUUAUUAUGAUAUACGAAUAUAUGAGAAUUACUGACUGUAAUAAAUGUCUAUCACUUCAAUUCCAGCAUUUAGUCCUCAGAUUUUACAUUUUUGUCACAGCUUCAUUUAAAUGUGCCAGAUUUCAGAUCAGAUAUCUUUUGGAUUUGAAUGUUGCUUUUGUAAGUGAUUAUCCUCUAGAAAUGACAGCAUUUUCUGAAUGAGAACAGCAUUCAUACAGGUGUGAAUUUUCAGUAAGAAGUGGAUUACGGUCUGCAACUUCUAGAAAAUAGGGAAUCAGCUAUCCUUCAUUUUCUUCAACCUAGUCUUUCUCACUCAUCCAAUUGAAAUCCUUGCGGCUAACCAAAUUUCCUUUGAUGUGGCCAAGUUUUGUGCAGCCAUUAAUUUCUCCUUCGGAUCAGAUAACUAUGCUACUUUUCUGCAUCUUGUUAGUCACUGGUUUUUUUUUUUUUUUCUUUUGAGAAAAGGAAAAUUCAAACUUUACUAGAUGACAAAAAUGAUAUAUGCAACCAUUAUUGAGUCAAAUGUUCGGAUUUACUUUGCUAGUCACCUUUACAACCCUCUCAGGAUCCCGAAUUCUUUGGAUAACAAGAAAAAAAAAAAGAGGGAAAAGAAAAGAAAAGGGUCACUAUUUGAGCUUAGCUUUCCUACUCAAGGGAAGCAGCAGCAAGAGCACGCUUAGGAUGAUGAUCAUAAAACAAAACCAAAUGCAAGUGCUACAUCAAGGGCCAGUUGUGCUGAAAGUUGAAAACAGACAAACAGGUCCACUUUUCCAUUAAGAUUUUUGUCUAGCAAGUAGCGAAAGUAAUCCUUGCAAAUGUGCAAGAUGAGGUGUUAUGUUUUUCUAGUACCAUGUCUAGGAUACUUUGACAGUGAUGUCUAAUUGUCAGUCUUCUUCCUUAAAACACCUUUUUAGCUGUCUGUUAGUAUAAGAAAACUGUGCCUAAACAUUGCAUUUAAAAAAAAAAAGAGAGCAAUAAUAAAGAAGAAAGCAAGUUACUAUCUUUCAUGAUUUCGUGAUUUCAUGAUUUGCUUGCUUUUACAAGUUUCCUAUCCUGACUACAUUACCGUCUGCCUACAGUUAAUUGGAUUACGCUUUUUUCUAGUUUUCUGACAUUUGUGGUUCUAGUUUCCAUAUUGUUGGGAGUUCUGAAAAAAACUAUACACUCACCCAAGUUUGAGGUUUGAAAAAUAUGAUGAAGUAAAGAAACAUAGAAAAUUAGAAAUGCAACAUAAUCUGAUAGGUUUUAUUCAUCCAUUAAAUUACAAUGUUAUGAUUAAGGGAACAGCUGUAAACAUUAAUGGUGAAUGAAUCCAUCUUGGAGGCUUUUGUCUAUGUGUUUACAUGCAUUUUGUGUAAAGAGAUAGGGUUGUUGACAAAAAGUAGAGCAAGUAGCCGC